UCCCCCACCCGUUCCAACUUGUUAUGGCAGGAAGAAGCCUACCGUGGAAGGGUUUGAACGUUGUCACUCGGGAAAGUUAACUUGUUCCAGUAAUGGAAACGAAUUUGAGAUGACUGUAAUAAUGGAGUCAACAGCGAUAUAACAAAGAACAACUUGUCUAAUAGGAAAAACAACUUGUGGAAGUAGGAAGAGCCGUAUUUUUUUUUUUUGUACCGAGUUUUAGCCUAGCUAGCAUUACAUUAGCCAUCAGUCACUACCGCACAGACACUCAGGGAGGCACGCAAUGGUUUUUGGGGGGGGAUUACGGACGACUCUCCUUGCGACGAAAAUUGCACAACAUUUGUUGUAAUGGUAAAGUUUUGUUUGUUCCAACAACAAAGAGUCGUCAAGAGUAGCUACAAUACGUUUCCUUUCCACUGUUUGGGGGGGUACUUUGAAUUUCCCUCCUUUUUCAAUCCAAGGCGGAUGAAAAGGGGUUUGGGGUUGUUAUCUAGCACCAGUUAACUAGCCAUUUGCUAAUAGUUGUAGUCAGUUCUCAAGGGUACUUAGCUAUACUUUUUUUUUCGUCGGAAAGGACAACUUUUGAUAACUUUGUAUCGAGGCAAAAUCGGGAAAUCACCGGGUGUGUUUGUGGAUUUAUUUUUGUUCUCCCUUUUGAGGAAAUUAUCUCUACACAAUGGAUCCUAAUUCAGGCAAUUCUGCCUCUGCUCCCAAAAGCAAGAAGGACAAGAAAGAAAAGAAAAACUAUGAAGAUGGAGACGGCAAAAAGAAAUUUAAACUCAAACGGCUGAUUCCUGAUGAGUUGGAGCGUUUCACCAGCAUGAGGAUGAAGAAGGACAAGGAGAAGCCUCAUGCAGCCGGGCAGCGCCACUCCAACGCUGCCCACUACGAGGUUCCUACCCAGGGGCCCAUGCUGCAUGACCACCCUGAUGAAUACGUCCUGGAACUCUUUGAACAGAUGCUGGUGGAUAUGAACUUGAACGAGGAGAAGCAGCGGCCUCUGCGGGCGAAAGACAUCGUCAUCAAACGAGAGAUGGUGUCUCAGUACCUUCACACGUCCAAAGCUGGUCAGAACCAGAAGGAGAGCUCCAAGUCAGCCAUGAUGUACAUCCAGGAGCUGAGGACUGAGCCCAGAGACGCACAACUCCUGGGCUGUCUGGAAUCACUCCGGGUCUCCCUCAACAACAACCCUGUCAGCUGGGUGCAGAACUUUGGAGACGAGGGCCUGGUUCUGCUGCUCAACAUCAUGAGGAAAAUCCAGGAGGAGAAGGACGAGUACCCAAACAUGGGCAUGAAGUGUCAACACGAGAUUGUGCGCUGUCUCAAAGCCUUCAUGAACAACAAGUAUGGUCUGAAGGCCAUGUUGACGUCUGCCGAGGGCAUCCCUCUGCUGGUCCGAGCCAUCAACCCCCGGGUCCCUCACAUGAUGGUGGAUGUGGUCAAACUGCUCUCGGCCAUCUGCAUCCUGGAACACCCUGACAACCUUCAUGAGCGUGUUCUGGAGGCCAUCACUGAGGAGGCAGAAAAGCAGGACAAUGAGAGGUUUCAGCCACUCCUCUUAGGGAUGAACAAGCCCAACAUCGCCUUGAAGAAUGGCUGUAUGCAGCUCAUCAACGCUCUCAUCAGUCGAGGAGAAGAGCUGGACUACAGGAUCCACAUCCGCUCAGAGCUACUGAGACUGGGCCUGCGAGACCUGCUGACGGAUAUUCGGCCCAUAGAGAAUGAGGAGCUGAGGGUGCAGCUCAGUGUUUUUGACGAGCAGGCCGAGGAUGACUCUGAUGAACUCCAGGCCCGCCUCAGCGACGUGCGCAUCGAGAUGGAUGACGUGACCGAGGUGUUCCAGAUCCUGAUGAACACGGUCAAAGACUCCAAGGCCGAAACACACUUCCUGUCUCUGAUGCAGCACCUGCUGCUGGUUCGCAACGACUACAUGGUCAGGCCCCAGUACUACAAGCUGAUAGAUGAGUGUAUAGCUCAGAUCGUGUUGCACAGGAACGGAGCCGACCCAGACUUUAAGUGCCGUAAUCUCAGCCUGGACGUUGAGGGGUUAAUUGACAACAUGGUGGACAAGACCAAGGUGCAGAGCAGUGAGGCCAAGGCCAUAGAGCUGGAGAAGAAGCUGAAUGCAGAGCUGACGGCGCGCCAUGAGCUGCAGGCGGAGCUGAAGAAGAUGGAGGGAGACUAUGAACAGAGAGUCCAGGAGCUGGCCGCUGAGAAGGAGAUUCUGGGCUCUGAGAAGCAGGAGAGAGAGAGCGAGAAUCAGACCUUACUGGGACAGAUCAACACGUUCAAAGAACAGAUAGAGACGCUCAAUAAGGAUCUGGAGGAGGCCAAGACCAAAGUUGUCACGGUCCAUGUCCCAGUUGGCCCUGCUCCUCCCACUGCCCCCCCUCUCCCAGGGCAAGUUAGGAUGCCCGUGCCCCCUCCUCCACCCCUACCCGGCCAAACAUUCCUCCCUUCCCCACCUCCUCCACCCCCCCUACCAGGGAUGCCCGGCCCCCCUCCGCCACCCCCCCUACCAGGGAUGCCCGGCCCCCCUCCGCCACCCCCCCUACCAGGGAUGCCCGGCCCCCCUCCGCCACCCCCCCUACCAGGGAUGCCCGGCCCCCCUCCGCCACCCCCCCUACCAGGGAUGCCCGGCCCCCCUCCCCCUCCUCCCCUCCCUGGUGGUCCUGGAAUGCCCCUUCCUGCACCUGGCAUGGGCAUGCCCCCUCCCCCUCCUGGUAUGGAGGGCUGGGCAGCCCCUGUGCCACCCCCUCUGCCCUUCGGCCUGUCGCCCAAGAAGGAGUACAAGCCUGAGGUGCAGCUGAAGCGGGCCAACUGGAGCAAGAUUGGACAUGAGGAUCUGUCUGAGAAGAGUUUCUGGACAAAGGCCAACGAGGAUCGCUAUGAGAACAACGAGCUCUUUGCCAAACUCACCCUGGCCUUCUCCUCCCAGACCAAGACCUCCAAAGCUAAGAAAGACCAGGAGGGAGAGGAGGAAAAGAAAACAACCCAGAAGAAGAAGGUGAAAGAGUUGAAGGUGUUGGACUCCAAAUCAUCGCAGAACCUUUCCAUCUUCCUGGGCUCGUUCCGUCUGCCCUACGAGGAGAUCAAGAACGUCAUCCUGGAGGUCAACGAGAAGCUGCUCUCUGAGUCCAUGGUGCAGAAUCUUAUCAAGCAGCUGCCUGAACAGGAGACGCUGAAUGUUCUGGGUGAGAUGAAAGACGAGUAUGAAGACCUGGCAGAGGCCGAGCAGUUUGGAGUCGUGAUGUCGUCGGUGAAGCGGCUGAAGCCUCGCCUGACGGCCAUCUUGUUCCGGCUGCAGUUUGAGGAGCAGCUGAACAACAUCAAGCCGGACGUGGUGUCCGUGACGGCGGCCUGCGAGGAGCUCAGGAAGAGCGCCGCCUUCUCCCAGCUGCUGCAGAUCAUCCUGCUGGUGGGCAACUACAUGAACGCCGGUUCCCGCAACGCCAAGGCCUUCGGAUUCAGCAUCAGCUACCUCUGCAAGCUGCGGGACACCAAGACAGCUGACCUGAAGCAGACGCUGCUGCACUUCCUGGCUGACGUUUGUCAGGAGCAGUAUCCCGACGUCAUGACCUUCCCAGACGAGCUCAUCCACGUGGAGAAGGCCAGCCGAGUGUCGGCUGAGACUCUGCAGAAGAACUUGGAGCAGAUGGGCCGUGCGCUGAAGAGUCUGGACAAAGACCUGGAGACCUUCCCUCCUCCACAGAGUGACAGGGACAUGUUCAUAGAGAAAAUGAAUAGCUUCGUGGGCAGUGCCAGAGAGCAGUAUGAGAAGUUGGACAUGAUGCAUAAGAACAUGGAGAAGCAGUACUCUGACCUGGGGGACUACUUUGUGUUCGACCCUCGCAAGAUUUCUGUCGAAGAGUUCUUCGGCGACCUCAACAACUUCAAGAACAUGUUCCAGCAAGCGGUGAAGGAGAAUGCGAAGAGGAGGGAGGCGGAGGAGAAGAUCAAGAGAGCAAAGCUGGCCAGAGAGAAGGCUGACAGGGAGAAGGAGGAGAAACAGAAGAGAAGCCAACAACUGGACCUCAACGCAGAGGGUGAUGAGACUGGUAUCAUGGACGGCCUGUUGGAGGCGCUGCAGUCUGGUGCUGCCUUCAAGAGGAAGAGAGGCCCACGACAAGCUGACUCAGUGCUGUCCCUGUCACAGCUAGUGCUGGAGACCUGCUCGGUAACCCGUGUGUGUCAACAGAACCAUGUGACUCCAACCGAAGAGCUGGUCAUGCAGUAACGAACAUCCUGGCCAAAGAGUUGAUGAAGGAGGACACCCCGCCCUCCUUCAGCAAACCGCUCAAUAAGAAGACCAAGGCAGAACAGAAGGAGGAGCCUAGCAUAGAGGGGGCGGGGUCACUAGAUGAUCUCUUAGAGGAAAGCCUAUCACGGUCCAGUUAAAAAAAACGGGUAGAAGUUACCCCUUAGCCACAGAUCUUGGAUCAGCCUACCAUACCCAUAUCCUAACCUUAACCAUGGGGGCAGGGAUACAGAAACUGAUCUUAGAUCAGUGUCUAGCAGCAACUUCCUCCUACUCUCCUUCGUAGGACCACGGGAUUGGACAGACUGGGUCUGAAGGGGCCAAUGGAUGAGUGCGGGGCUCUCACCUUAACCACACUCCCAGGGUUUCGCAGGCUGGCUUGCUAUUAGUCGCUUCCACGCUGAGGGAGGACUCUUGCUCUGCCGUAUAAACGUACAGUAUCAAUGGUCAAGCGUCAGCAUCUGCACACAUCCACUGCACUCUGUCUAUCGCUCAUUCAGUCUCUUUCUCUAUCAAUUUCUCUCACACACACUGUCACUAUCUAUCCAUCUACUUUCCUCUCUCUCUGAAGUACGUCUUGAGACAGUCCCACAGACACUUUAUCAGAAGGGAUCCUAUUUUUUAUCAUUUUUUUCUCCAGAGGGAUAGGAUGGAUUUCCCAAUCUGGAUGGUUGGACUGUCCUACCUAUGUGGAAGCCCUGAUGUUUUAUAGAACAUGUUUAGCUUUUUCCCAGGUUUGGUUUCAAACCUGUUAAAUGUUGCUCUGUAAUUGUCAAAUAUGCUGUAUGUUUAUAAAAGAAACAAGUGCCAACCAAUACAACUUGAAGUUGCACAUGUCAGCCCUCGUGUUGUCCAAUAGGAGUUUGUGUUGGGUUAGGGUGGACCAAGGGAUAGGUCUAAGUGUGUGUGUGCGCACGUGUUCCACAGUCCUCAUCUCAUUUCCCCGGUUCUUUAUGUUCUCUCUGAUUCACAGGGAGGAGUCACUAUGUCGGUGAUAAACAGACUAUAGGGCCUUAUUGGCCAUUCUCAAAGGACGUCUCCACAAGCAGGAAAUUGUGUGUGUGUCCAGAGCUACGUGUGUGUGUGUGUGUGUGUGGUUGUUUGUGCAUUCAUGUUGUGUGCGUGCGUGUGCGAGUUUGUGCUUGGGUAUGCUCUGCCAUCUGUAAUUACUGUAUGGUCCUGCCUCUGCCUGCCUGUCUGCCGUCAUCAUAAAUGCUAUAUUUCCUAAACAGCGCUGUGGUCUUUCUGCUGAAGUUACAGCACACUGGAGACCUGCCCCCCAAAAAAUGCUGAGACGAGUGUGUGUCCCCGAGUGUGUGUCGCCGUGCGUGUGUGUGUGCGCGCUUGCCCCUUUAGACUGCAACACCCGUUGCUGAAUGUCUGGCCUUUCCGGUUUUGUAUUUGUAUUCAACAUCAGCAAAUGUUGCCGCCACAACGUUCGUGUAAUCCAAGGAGAAUGAUAAGCAGUUCUGCCAGUUAACCCAUGCUUUACCAAUCCCUAUGCAAACAUGACAUAUCCCUACUGCUGAUCUCAAGUCAGUCACAAACGGUUAGAGCAUCUGCUUGAACAACUGUGGUUUCCCGUAAGCGCUGAUCAGAGAUCGGUUUGUACAGGUCUCUGGAAUCGAGCCAAGCACAAGCUUGUUGGGCUUUUACCAGCACAACAUAUUGUUAUUAUCAAAGAGCUGAGAGAUCGUUUCAUGAUAAUAAUCAUUGCUUCCUGCAGUAUAUUUCAAAGGUAUAAAAAUGACAAAUGUUACCGCAACGUCUGUGUGACUUAGCAACUUCAGUCAAGGGGCGACGAGGAAACAUUCAGCCCUUAGAUUGUAGUUGUUUGCCAGAAACAGAAGUAUGACGUGUCGACCGUAAGACAACGUUCCUUGUGUGGAUGAGUCAUUUCAGGUGAUCCUGUCCCUAUUAUUUAAGUGGUCUUUUAAAGGACGUUGAGGAAAGGUUGAAAAAACAUCACUGGAAAAUAAUCCAAUUUUCUGGCCUGAUUUUAUAAUUUUCUAGAUUUUUUCAUUUUUUCAUUUUUUUUCUUUUUAUAAGAGCUUGUUUUCUAUGUGAAUUUUUACUCUUGUUUUAAUGGACGUUAAAAGUAGAGGUUCAAGUUGAUUUCCGGAGAUAUCACUGUGGUAAUAUGUAUUAGAUUAUGUAAUUCGUUUGUGCUGUCCGCUACCAUUAAAAUGACUUCAAUAACAA